UAAACCCGGAACCUUUGUUCUGUGGGACCCGGAAUAGGAAACGGGAGCACUUCCGGUGUGUAUUCGGUAGUUUGUUGUUGUUGAACUGUUGAAGUUGUUUUCUUCUAAAGUUUCUCUUUGAUUCAUUUAAAUCAUUUAAUGUUAAUAAACAGAGAAUAAAACCCGCUAAUGCUCCGCGCUAGCCCGUUAGCAUUAGCCGUUAGCCUCCGGAGCCUCCAGCCGGCAGCAUGAGCCACUCUGCCAGCCUCAGCACGCAGCUGGCCGCCGUCAUGGAGUCUCUGGUCCACGCUGCCGUGGCGGAGCUCCACAAGCUGCUGGAGGACUCCGACCUGCUGCUGGAGCUCCGGACCGGACAGGAGCCGCCGGUGGAGGCGGUACAGGCAGAAGGCCGGGAGAAGAUGGUGCAGUUUGCGUCCGUCAUGGAGACGCUGGGGAACGAGGCUCUGGGGCGGAUCUUGAACGUGGUCGAUGAGUUCAAGUUGCUGCUAGCGCCGGAGGUUGAGCCCAGCACCAAGAGACCGUCCAUCAGCGUCCUCAACGUCCUCAGCAGCGCCCGGGUCGAGUCCGAACACUCGUACGGCGCCCGUCAGGAGAGUGCCAACACACACAGAGCCACGCAGACCAAACAGGAGGAGGAGACCGACAAUCCGUUCGUCAAGGCGGUCACCGUUAAAGACGAACACGGAAACAUCGACCUGGGUGCCAUUGCUGAGAGAGCUCGAGUUGAAGCAACCCUGGUGACUUCUGAUCUCCGGCGGAUGACCUCAAGCCUCCAGCCUGCGACCUCUGAUCAAAAGCCGGCUACCUCUGACGUCAAGUCGGCGACCUCGGACGUCCUGCCGGUGACUUCUGACCCCCAGCAGCAGGAGUUAGUCUCGGGCUCGCCAGAGUUUGUCCUGAAGAGCGUGACAUGGAAGUACUUCAUGUGCACGGCGUGCGGUAAAUCCUUCACAUCUCAGAGCAACCUGAAGACUCACAGCCGCAUCCACACCGGGGAGCGGCCGUUCCCCUGCGGCGUGUGCGGCCGGGCGUUCCGGCAGCGGCAGGGCCUGCGCAGCCACAUGACCACGCACAGCGGCGAGCGGCCGUACUCCUGUCCUACCUGCGGGAAGUGUUUCUCCAAGCAGACGCAGCUGAAGACGCACGCCAUUGUCCACACCGGGGAGAAACCGUACGGCUGCGACGUGUGCGGCCACCGCUUCAACCUGCUGCAGAACCUGCACCGCCAUGCCCACACGCACACAGGCAGGAAGAUCUUCGUCUGCAAAGUGUGCGGGAAAGGCUUCACACGCUCCAUCACGCUGAAGACGCACGAGCUCAUCCACACGGGACAGAGACCCUUCAAGUGCGAGCAGUGCCCCAAGACCUUCCGCCAUGCCGUCAACCUGAAGAACCACCAGAGGAUCCACAGCGGCGCGCGCCCAUACAGCUGCGACCUCUGCGGCAAGAGCUUCCGCCAGUCAGUGAACCUGAAAAUCCACCGCCGGAUCCACACCGGCGAGCGCCCAUUCAGCUGCGGGGAAUGCGGCAAGACGUUCAGCCAGCAGAGCAGCCUGAGCUCACACGGGCGCACGCACUCCACAGAGCGCCCGUUCGCCUGCAAUUACUGUGACAAGAAGUUCAACAACGGCAACAGCCUGAAGCUGCACCUUCGUGUCCACACCGGGGAGAAACCGUAUGCCUGCGACAUCUGCGGCAAGUGCUUCACCCAGGGCAGCCACCUGCGCACGCACAAGAGGCACGUGCACGCUGGCGGCAAGCAGUUCAUCUGCGAUAAGUGCGGCAAGAGAUACUCGGACCAGCGCAACCUGAAGCUGCACAAGUGCGGCUACGCGUGAUGACACCACGCAAAUGAUGUCACCACACCGAUGAUGUCAUCCCACGGAUAAAAUCUUUAGUUUCUUUAUUGGAGUUUGAACAGAAUCAGGAAACUUUAAAACUCUAAUGUGAUGAUAGAAUUUAAUUGUUUUAAAUUGUUGACAGGAAGUGGACGUGUUCGACCAAUCAGAGCUUUUACAUGUUAAAGUGGGCGGAGCCCCUGGUUCAUAUGGUGGCCCUGAGAGCUCAACAGCGCUGCAAUUUAAGAAAACGCGUGUUAAUACACAAAACACAAGCAAACUGUCUGACAACACAACGCAUUUAGAAAACGCUGUAAAGACCACAACACAACAGAAGUGUUUCCAGAGGACACUUAAAAGCGAUGCACACGUCUGGACAUGCUUGUGAUAUUAUCAUGUUAUUUGAAGGUUCAGGUAAUAUUUGAAUUAAAAAGUCUCCUGAUUUGUCCUGAACUUUUUUUUUUUUUUUUUUUCAAUUAAAAACUACAGUACCCAUGAGCCUCAGAGGCCAUUACCACUGAGAAGACUCUGCCCGCCACUGUGGAAUACAUUUUGUCACCUGACAGAAGCCCCGCCCACUGAAAUACUGCGUCCUGAUUUGUUGAAACCAUCACUGAGUUCUGCUGAUUAUGUUGCUGAAAUUGUAAAUGUGUAAAUAUGCACAUUGAUGCUUUUUAUAAUUUUAUAGAUCAUAUUUUUCAUUUGUUUGCAAAAAAGUAAAUAAAUAUAAUAAAUGCAUCUGGAGCA